AGGAGUACGCUCGUGAGGAAAGAAAAGGCUGUGCGGGUUGUGCUCGGCUUGGAGAUUGUCCAACAGGCUGCACUUUUGGUUUGCGAAUGCGGUAAACCGAUUAACACUUCUGCGAUUUGUUGCUGGGUGGAUCACAACCCAAAAGAGCCUCCUUUUCAAUUAGCAGCCUAUUCUUCUGUCCUCAUUGAAUGCAAGAUAUUUAGUUCUCAUCCCAGGAGAGAGGAGUAG